AUGUUGAGGACAAGUACAGGUGCAAAGGCAGAAGACCGUGCACACCGUAGGGGGUGGGCUGAUGUGGUGGCCUUGUUGCAGAAUCCACAAGAAGCCAGCGCCAUAUUGGUGCAGUUAGCGCGUGAGUACGGAGCCAGUGAUGACACUCAGUGUCGAGAAGCAGAAAACGUAGUGUGUGAUCCUGCUGAGAGCGGAGCAGGAUAUCAGGAUGAUUCUACCGACACGAGAUCGGAACCUUCGGGUUUCUCCACUGCUACUUAUAUGGAUCUUUCAUCUCUUUCCAUUGCUGCUGAUGAUGGUGAUACAGAACAGGGUCGUUCAUCUGUUCAUACUGAUGGUGAAGGUAUACAAGGACCUUCAGCUCUUAAUGGUGGUGAUGACGAGACAGAACAAGGGACUUCAUCCAUUCUUGCUCAUGCUGGGAGUAUACAGCAAGGAUUUCCAUCUGUUCUCACUGCUGAUAGUGAUCAUACAGAACGUAGACCAUCGCCUGCUGCUGUUGUCGGUGGUGUACGAACGUUGCUUUCAGCUCUGGUGACUGCUAGCACUAGUAUGGAAACAGGGCUUCUACCCACCGCUGUUGAUCGAGAUGUAGAACGAGAGGCUUUAAUACUUGAUGCUCCUAGUGAAGACGGCAGCGGUAUAAAUUCAGAGCCUUCAGAAAUGGCUGGAAGUUGUGAUAUGGAGCCAAACCCUUCAGCUGUUAUUUGUCAUGAAGGCUCAGAGCAUUCACCCCUUGAUAGAGACGCAGAAUCGAAUCAUUCGCCUCAAGUUAGUGACGCAGAAACAGAGCAUUCAUCUCUUUCUGGUGAUGAAUGUGGUGGGCAGCCGGAGCCUUUCAGUGUUGGUGCUGAAUGUUGCGCACAAGCAGCUCCGUCAGCCACCACAGCUAGAGACACUGACGUCAUGAAAACUGGUUCUCUCUACCCCAAACUAACUGACACCAUGUUUAAGCUGGAUGGUGUAUACCUGUAUACUCCAGAAGAUGCCACAGCUGCUCAGAAUUGGAGUCUCAAACAGGAAUUAAACAACAAAGUAACGACCAUGGUUUAUGCCAUACUGAAUAGAAAUUCUCAGUACUGUGACUGGAACAAUUCACCAGAAACUUGCACCUGGGAGAAGAACCACAAGACAACUUUUCAGUCCGUCUUGGGCAUUCUGGUGAAGGCAGCAGCUGAGGGUCGGCUGAAGCAGGUGGAGACCUUAGUGGCGUUUGGGGCUGACCUCACUUCAAGAAGCACCAGCCCAGGGGAAGAAGGACUGCAGACUCUACACCUGGCAUGUUGGGGAGGACACGCUCAAGUAGUGAAGAAGCUUCUUGAACUGGGCAUCGACCCAAGAGCUGUAGCUCAAGGUCGCGAGGGUGUCCACUGGGCAGCUUUCGGAGGUCACGUGCCGGUGUUACGUGUGCUGAAGGAUUAUGGAUGUGACAUAACGGUGGCCUCCGUGCCUGACAUGUCAACACCGCUGCACCUGGCGGCUGACAACGGUAACCUGGAGGCUGUUAGGUGGUUGGUGCAAAACGGGGCGCUGAUUCACGUCAUCAACAGAGACGGUUUCAGCCCUCUGCAGAUGGCCAAGGCUGCCAGAGUCAAGGCCGUAGUGGAGUUCCUCGACCGCAAAGGCUCUGAGGAGCAGUUCCUGCGGGCUGCCGCCUGCGGUAUGGUCGACUCUGUCAAGAAACUCAUAGAGGAAGGAGUGAACGUAAAUGCUGGCAGUACAUUGAAGGGUCAGGAAGGAUGGAGAGCACUUCACCUGGCGGCCCGACGCGGCCACAAGAAGCUUCUGGAGGUCUUGCUGCAAGCUGGAGUCUUUCCUCGAUACAAAACUGCCAAAGUGCUGGAGAACCCCAGCAGCGUCACCACAGUGCUGGAGAACCCCAGCAGCGUCACCACAGCGCUGGAGAACCCCAGCAGCGUCACCACAGCGCUGGAGAACCCCAGCAGCGUCACCACAGCGCUGGAGAACCCCAGCAGCGUCACCACACAGCGCUGGAGAACCCCAGCAGCGUCACCACAGCGCUGGAGAACCCCAGCAGCGUCACCACAGUGCUGGAGAACCCCAGCAGCGUCACCACAGUGCUGGAGAACCCCAGCCAGCUCACCACAGCGCCUGGAGAACCCCCGCAGCGUCACCACAGGCUGGAGAACCCCAGCAGCGUCACCCACAGCGCUGGAGAACCCUAGCAGCGUCACCACAGCGCUGGAGAACCCCCCGCAGCGUCACCACAGCGCUGGAGAACCCCAGCCCGCGCACACCACAGCGCGGAGAACCCCAGCAAAGUCACCACAGUGCGGAGAACCCCAGCAGCGUCACCACAGCGCGGAGAACCCCAGCAGCGUCACCACAGCGCUGGAGAACCCCAGCAGCGUCACCACAAACACUGGAGAACCCCAGCAGCGUCACCACAGCACUGGAAACCCCCCGCAGCGUCACCACCAGUGCUGGAGAACCCCAGCAGCGUCCACCACAGUGCUGGAGAUCCCCCAGCAGCGUCACCACAGCGCUGGAGAACCCCAGCAGCUCACCACAGCGCUGGAGAACCCACAAGGGGUCACCCCCCCAGUGGGUGGAGAACCCCAGCAGCGUCACCACAGCCCGGAGAACUCCAGUAGCGUCACCACAGCGCUGGAGAACCCCAGCGCGUCACCACAAAACGCUGGAAAAACCCCACAGCGUCCACCACAGGCUGGAGAAACCCCAGCAGCGUCACCACAGUGCUGGAGAACCCCAGAGCGUCACCACAGUGCUGGAGAACCCCAGCAGCGUCACCACAGUGCUGGAGAACCCCAGUAG